AUGGGGGUGAAUGGCAUGUAUGAGAAGAGCAGAAUGCUGAACAUCCAGAAUAGCGCAUGGGGCAGUCGCCAGGAGUGGUACCAAGACAGCUUGGUGACAGGGCCACCCAACCCAGACAGCUGCCAGCAACUGGACAGUGGGCUGGACCCUGAGCACCCGCAAGGUGCAAGCAGCCAAGACCUAGAUGAGUCCCAAAUCCGGUUGCAACUGAAGCGCAAAUUGCAAAGGAACCGGACAUCUUUUACCCAGGAGCAGAUAGAAGCACUGGAGAAAGAGUUUGAACGCACUCAUUACCCCGAUGUCUUUGCCCGUGAACGUCUGGCAGCAAAAAUCGAUCUCCCUGAGGCCCGAAUCCAGGUCUGGUUCUCCAACCGCCGUGCCAAGUGGCGUCGGGAGGAGAAACUGCGGAACCAGAGGCGCCAAGCAGGGGGCAGUGGGGGGCACCUGACCAUAAACAGCAGUUUUGGCACUGGGGGCAGCAAUGUCUACCAGUCCCUCCCUCAGCCUACAUGUCCCUUCUCUUCAUUCUUUCCAGGCACUAUGUUGAGCCGUACAGAAAGUGCUCUCACCAACAACUAUGGUGCACUUCCUCCCUUACCUACCUUCUCCAUGGCCAACAGCCUCCCUAUUCAGGCAGUGCCCCCUGUGGCUAGCCAGACCUCGUCUUAUUCCUGCAUGCUGCCUGGAAGUUCGUCGGUGCGAAGCUAUGAUUCUUACACGCCUUCCCAGAUCCCCUCUCAUAACCUGGGAUCCAACAACGGGGCCUCGACCGGGUUAAUCUCUCCAGGGGUGUCAGUUCCUGUACAAGUCCCAGGUGGGGACCCCGAUCUUUCCCAGUAUUGGCCAAGGCUGCAGUGA